CAAAGAAGAACAUACUUUGGCCCAAGGUCUGACGUUGUACGAGGGACCCAGGGCCAGGUACGACCCGACCCGUACGGAUAGGUACGGUACUUGAUCAGAAUUCUCCAUCACUUUUUCCGGGCCUCCACAAACAUCGACGAUUUUCUUGCGACACGCUCUUUCUCAUGGCAAGAAAAAUACAGGGACGGCACAUCACCAGCAUCGAGCUUCCAGCCAGAAGAACUGGUUCGGUUCCUGCGAGCCUUCCGCCCUGCCGUAAAAUGGUAUUUCCGUAACCAGUUGCGCAUUAAAUACCAAGCCUCUCAGCAAUGAAAAAUCGUCUGACCGAUGGUCAUCAAAGGGCGGAGUUACGCAAGCAUUUUCGGGUGCUCAUCAAAAUCAGCACCCAGAAUGCCAUCGUAAUCAACGCCCAUCAGACAUCUCUCACCACAGUAUGUAUCAUCAAACAACAACAGCUGAAACGAUAAGAAUAGAACCACAAUACUGACCUCGAAUCUCUGCCUCCCAGGUCUAGAUACUGACACCAGUGGUACUUGUGCUCCCGCAUUCUCGGACGGGCUGCGCAGAGAGAUACACAUUUCCACCACAAGAGAAGCUUGUUCAGAACAUCCCACACGGGAAAAAACACCCGUGUGGAAACAAGAUUCGAGAGAAAGAAUUUGGGGGAAAAGGUGGCUUUCUGCCGCCGAGUCUUGCGUUCAGAACAUCGAAGGAGAGGUCAAGACGUGUCGAGCCUCGAACGUUGACGUUGGCUUUACCAAUGUUUGGCGUUCAGGUGGAGCUCAUUCAGCACGGGCUGGCGAUCAGCCUUCCCAGGGCGUUUGAUGCAGCUGGGCUAGACUCAGGGCCCCACCCCUACAAAAGAUCCUCUGGAAAAAACCCACCUGGGUACCCAAAAGGACCCUUCCCCCGGGCAGACUCCACAGAACAACUCUAUUUCUCAACCUCUUCAACAAGGGGUGGAUUGGAGACACUCGACAUGUGGGGCAAAAACAUAUGUGCAAGUUAA